AUGCCUGACAACGAAGGUGAAAAUAUAUCCGACAUUGCUGCUGUUUCUUUAAAAUUACCUCCAUUCUGGCCAACCGAUCCCCAGGUAUGGUUCGCUCAAGUAGAAUCACAGUUCUCUACUCGAAAGAUCACAGAUCAAGACACAAAAUUCCAUUAUGUAGUAGCUUCUAUUCCACCCGAGGUGGCUGUCGAUAUUCGCGACCUGUUGAUACAAAAGCCAACUGAGGACGCCUACAACAAACUAAAGGAGAAACUUUUGGAGAGAACAACAACAAGUAAAGCCAAGAAACUGCAACAAUUAUUAGCAACGGAAGACUUAGGAGACCGCAAACCCUCCCAGAUCCUUAGGCGUUUCCAACAGUUAUUGGACGACCAUUCUGCUGACCAUCCAUUGGUUCGUGAGUUAUUUUUAAAAAGAUUGCCUCAGCACGUUAGACAACUACUGGCGGUAACAACCACCACAACAACAACCCUUGAAGAGCUUGCACAGUUAGCCGACAAAGUCAUGGAUGAACAGGGCCUAAAUGUCAACAAUAUCCAACCCUCAACGGAAUCUACUGAGAUUCUGAACUUAAAGAAAUCAAUAACACGUUAG